AUGGUGCAAGGCUCUGCAGCCUCGUCGCCCAAGGGGCAGAAGUCCUCGCGACGAACGGAAGCCAGCCAAAGAAUGAAGCAGCUUUGCCAGCACGGCGCUGUGGCAGCGGCUUCUCCUGCAGCCUUGAACCGCGUCCCUGUGCCGGGCCCAGGAUCAUACACUACAACACCACGGACGGAAGAAAUCACCAAGCCGGUCAACUGCCGGGUGCUGAUGGGGCGGCGGCCACGAUUCCAGAAGGAGGGGGCGCUGUUCAACGCCGGCAUCGAGUCGAAUUUUCCAGGCCCAGGGGCGUACGAGGCAGACAAGAUCAUGAGCCUGGGAAGGUGCAAAGUCAGCAAGGAGAAGGAUCCACCAAGAUGGACCAUGGCGAAGAAGUCCAUCAUGGAGUUUGCAAAGACACACUGCUGA